AUGACUGAAAGGAAUGUCGGUCGACCAUGGAGCGCCGAAGAGGAUUCUCUAUUGAAGGCUGCUGUCGACGCCCAUGGUGAAAACGACAACUGGAAGAUCAUCGCUCAGGCAGUUCCAGGCCGAAGCAACAAGGCUUGCCGAAAGCGAUGGUUACAUUCGCUUUCUCCGACAGUCAAGAAAAGCGCGUGGACCCAAGCGGAGGAUCAGAAACUCCUGGACUGCUACAACUCACUGGGCCCGCGCUGGAGCGCCAUUGCCAGACAGAUCCCGGGUAGAACCGACGAUGCGUGCUCGAAGCGAUAUAGGGAGGCCUUGAAUCCAAAUUUGAGGAAGGACGAAUGGACACCUGAGGAGGACAAACAAUUGGUCCAAGCCUAUGCUCAAAUAGGGGGGAAAUGGGGUCAGGUUGGGCAAGAACUCAAUCGGAGUGGCCUCGCCUGCCGGAACAGGUGGCGACUUCUUGAAAGAAAGAAGUUAGCUAUGUCGGCGAAGCAGAGGGACCAUAUCCCGUACAGUCAAGCUUUUGCAUCGGAACCCUCUUGGUACCAAGACCCGGACUUUUCAGUACCUGUUCCGAGUCCGGUGGACGCAGAAGCGAGUACACCAUGGGACUCAGUUUGUUAUUCGCAGGAUCCCUACUCCUCCAUGAACGCUGAACCACAUAAUUCCCUCCAGUGUAGUCUAAUUCACUUGACACCGAUGACAAUAUCCUCCUUCUCAAGUCUCAGCAAUGCACUUUCCGACCCACCACCUCCGCCUCGGCCAUUGCCAAACCCAAGCAUAGUUGGACUAAUGGACAGUCAAAUGACGCUGGUCGAUCAUUCCGAGUACACACCUACACCAUUCAUGAGUGAAAGCCAGCUCUCGCCCCACCCUAAUGAUGCCACCCAAACACUUUCGUACCCUGACGAGGUGGACAACGAUGGAAGCCACAGCAGCCCCGAUGUGUAUAGCCACGAGCCUCCCCAAGCCAGCGCCUUAGUGCAAUCCUCAGAGCUCUCUCAGCAGUCCCCGUAUUCUUCUGAAGUCGAAUUGCUACGUAUUGCAUUGCCUAUGGGUCCAAACGAUGCAUUUCUCCCCGACGGGAGCCCUGGUAAUGUAUCUUCCCCAGGCGGGAUAACGCCUCUAGGCCUACCAUCCCAAACGCCGAGUCCGAGUCUUACCGCCACUACGGAGCUGCCCUCAUCAUCCCCUAUAUCUACGACUGCUCCUGCUGGAUCGCUCUUAUUUUCUACGCCUAGCUUUCAAGUUACGCCACCCGAGUCCUCGCAACCAAGGAAAAGAAAAUCGCCCAUACAGAUGAGAAGAAUCAUGGAAGACACGAAACCGCAUCGUCUAUCGUCCAGACUGCGGCUUACUCUAGAUUCAUCUGUGCUACCUUAUGCUUGCGGAUAUGAUUGUUGUUGGCCUACUGACUCAAGUAGUAGCAGCUCCUGCUUCGCUAUGUCAAAGGAUCUGUCUGAACAUGUUAAGAAUCAUGAAAACGAAGAGAGCGAUCGACCUUUUAGAUGUGGAUUAUCGGGCUGCGGGAAAUCUUGGAAGAGUAUCAACGGGCUUCAGUACCACCUUCAGAUGCAAGUCGCCUUUUAUAGCGAGCCUGAUGGCUUAUUCACUUCAGACUUUAGAUCUACGGCACAUUUUCGUCAAGCAUUAUCAACGAGAUUCUCUACUUCUAUAGCCAGUAGUAGCGAUGUGACGGACCCAGAACCCGCAGAGGGCGAAGACGCUGGCAAGUCAGCCAGGAAGUUUAUAUGCAAGCAUCCUGGCUGCUUCAAAGCUUACCGUCAACUCAGCGGUCUACGCUAUCAUCGUAAACAUGGCCACCCUCAAGACAUGCCAGCACAACUAGAAGUUGUACCACCCUCCAUAGUGGCUCAGCUUCCCGAAAAGACCAAGAAAAUGAGGCGCAAGGAUCCUCCAGCACAAUCAGCGAAGUAG